AUGUCUCAAUCCCACUCCGGUAUCCUCCACGAAUAUGCCCCCAAACUAACGGCCUUUGAAUUCAAUCCAUCCCCCAAAAAGAAACACAGCCUCCUCUUCGUCGGUGGCCUCACCGACGGCCUCCUAACAGUCCCCUACGUAUCCGCCCUCGCAAAGGCUUUCGAAUCCACAGAAUGGACCGUCUUCAACGUCCUUCUCUCCUCCUCCUACCUCGGCUGGGGAGUCGAAAGUCUCGAUAAGGACGUCACCGAGAUCGCCCAGUGCGUGAACUUCGUCCGGGGUCUGAAACCCCAGGGCAAGAUCGUUCUCAUGGGCCAUUCAACCGGUAGCCAGGACGUCCUGCAUUAUCUGCACUCCCCGAACCCGCUCCCCGGGCAGGAGAGUGCUCGUCCGGUGUUGGACGGGGCCAUCAUGCAGGCUCCCGUGUCCGAUCGGGAGCAUAUCUUGCAUUUGGCGAACUCGAACCAGGAGGUUCGCGGGGCGUAUGAGCAGUUGGUGAAUUUUGCGAGGGCGCAGGCGCCACAGUCACUGCUGCCACUGAAUCUUACCGCCGUGGUCGGAUGGCCGGAUAAUACGGGAAUUAGCAGUCGGAGAUUCCUGAGUCUCACAAGCCCAGAGAGUCCAGAGAAGCCUGCGGAGGAUGAUUUGUUUAGUACCGAUCUGAAGGAUCAGAGGUUGAAAGAGACGUUUGGGGCUGUUGCGGAGAGGGGGUUGGUGAAGGGGAGGUUGGCGGCGUUAUAUUCUGGAAAUGACGAGUAUGCUCUGCCAUCGGUGGAUAAAGAGGCACUUUUGCGGAGGUGGAAGGAGGCAACGAAUGCCGGCGGAGUGGAGAAAUGGAGUGAAUAUAGCGGUGUCAUUCCAGGGGCCACGCACAAUGUGAAGGAUGAGGGUCAGAAUUGGUUGGUUGAGCGCGUCCUUCAGUAUCUGAACAGUGUGUAG